AUGGGUGCCCCGAGUGGGUGCCUGGCGCUGGCCUGGGCCCUUGCCGCCCUGCUCUUGGUGCAGAAGUCAGAGACCCAGGGCGGUGUGCAGCCCAGCUGGGCAAGCACGGAGGCUGCUGCGAACAGUCCGCGGGUGGAUGCUGCUUGGAGUGUGACCGUCAUCCCACCCGUCACCAUCUUGCCCACCAUGAGCUUCCUGAACCCUGCGCACAACGGGCGGGUGUGCAGCACAUGGGGCGACUUCCACUACAAGACCUUCGACGGGGACGUCUUCCGCUUCCCGGGCCUGUGCAACUAUGUCUUCUCCACGCACUGCGGGGCCGCCUACGAGGACUUCAACAUCCAGCUCCGCCGCGGCUUGGCCGGCUCCAGGCCCACCAUCACCCACGUCGUCCUCAAGACCCAGGGGCUGGUGCUGGAAGCCUCCAACGGCUCCGUCCUCAUCAACGGGCAGAGGGAGGAGCUGCCCUACAGCCGCGCUGGCCUCCUGGUGGAGCAGAGCAGCGUCUACCUCAAGGUCACUGUCCGGCUGGGGCUGACCUUCCUGUGGAACAGAGAGGACAGCGCCCUGCUGGAGCUGGACCCCAAGUACGCCAACCAGACGUGUGGACUGUGUGGGGACUUCAACGGGCUCCCGGCUGUCAAUGAGUUCUACUCCCAUAAUGCCAGGCUGACCCCUCUACAGUUUGGGAAUCUGCAGAAGCUGGAUGGGCCCACAGAGCAAUGCCAGGACCCCCCGCCUUCCCCAGCCAACAACUGCACAGAUAGGGAGGGCGUCUGCCGCCGCACCCUGCUUGGCCAGGCCUUUGCCGAGUGCAACGCGCUGGUGGAUCCCGCCGAGUACGUGGCCGCCUGCACCCAGGACCUCUGCCGCUGCCCUACCUGCCCAUGUGCCACCUUCGCGGAGUAUUCCCGCCAGUGCGCCCACGCGGGGGGACGGCCCCAGAACUGGAGGGGCCCCGACCUCUGCCCCCAGACCUGCCCCCUCAACAUGCGGCACCAGGAGUGCGGCUCGCCCUGCGCCGACACCUGCUCCAACCCCGAGCGCUCCCAGCUCUGCGAGGACCACUGUGUGGACGGCUGCUUCUGCCCCCCAGGCACGGUGCUGGAUGAUGUCACCCAUGGGGGCUGCCUGCCUCUGGAGCGGUGCCCCUGUACCCACGGCGGACAUACCUACGCCCCAGGGGCCUCCUUCACCACCAGCUGCAGCUCCUGCACUUGCUCCGGGGGGCUGUGGCAGUGCCAGGACCUCCCGUGCCCUGGCACCUGCUCUGUCCAGGGCGGGUCCCACAUCUCCACCUACGACGAGAGGCUCUAUGACGUGCACGGGGACUGCAGCUACGUCCUGUCCAAGAAAUGCACAGGCGACCUCUUCACUGUGCUGGCCGAGCUGCGGACGUGUGGCCUCACAGACAAUGAGAACUGCCUCAAAUCGGUGGCGCUCAGCAUGAACGGUGGGGACACGAUCAUCCAGAUCCAGGCCAAUGGCGGGGUCUUCAUAAACUCCAUCUACACCCAGCUGCCCGUGUCAGCAGCCAACAUCACCGUGUUCAGGCCCACCUCCUUCUUCAUCCUGGUGCACACGGGCCUUGGGCUGCAGCUGCAAGUACAGCUGGUUCCCCUCAUGCAGGUGUUCCUCAGGCUGGACCCCUCCUACCAGGGACAGAUGUGCGGCCUGUGUGGGAACUUCAACCAGAACCAGGCCGAUGACUUCCGCGCCCUCAGCGGCGUGGUGGAGGGCACGGCUGCCGCCUUUGCCAACACCUGGAAGACCCAGGCCGCCUGCCCCAAUGUCAAGAACAGCUUCGAGGACCCCUGCUCCCUCAGCGUGGAGAACGAGAACUAUGCUCGGCACUGGUGCUCCCUGCUGACCGACCCGGCCGGAGCCUUCUCACGCUGCCACUCUAUACUCAACCCUGCGCCCUUCCACUCGAACUGCAUGUUCGACACGUGUAACUGUGAGAAGAGCGAGGACUGCCUGUGUGCGGCCCUGUCCUCCUAUGUGCACGCCUGCGCCACCAAGGGGGUGCUGCUCAGCAGCUGGAGGGACGGCGUGUGCACCAAGUAUAUGAGCAGCUGCCCCAAGUCCCAGAACUACACGUAUGUGGUGGACAGCUGCCAGCCCACCUGCCGCGCUCUGAGCCAGGUGGACGUCACCUGCGGUGUCUCCUUCGUUCCCGUGGAUGGCUGUGUCUGCCCCUCGGGCACCUUCCUGGAUGAUGCAGGUGCCUGCGUGUCCGCCGAGGCCUGCCCCUGCUACUUCCAUAGCUCUGUGGUGGCUCCGGGGGAGGUGGUGCACGACAACGGCGUGGUGUGUUCGUGUGCGGGUGGGAAGCUAAGUUGCCUGGGAGCAGCAGAGCAGAAGAGCUCAGGGUGCACGGCCCCCAUGGUGUACCUGGACUGCAGCAACGCCUCGGCAGGCACGCCGGGGGCCGAGUGUCUCAGGAGCUGCCACACGCUGGACGUGGACUGUUUCAGCACCCACUGCGUAUCUGGCUGCGUGUGCCCCCCGGGGCUGGUGUCGGACGGGAGCGGGGGUUGCGUGGCCGAGGAGGACUGCCCGUGUCUGCACAACGAAGCUGCCUACAAGCCCGGGGAGACCAUCAGGGUCGCCUGCAACACCUGCACGUGCAAGAACCGCAGGUGGGAGUGCAGCCACAAGCCAUGCCUGGGCACCUGCGUGGCCUAUGGGGACGGCCACUUCAUCACCUUUGAUGGGGAGCGCUACAGCUUCGAAGGGAGCUGUGAGUACACACUGGCCCAGGACCACUGUGGUGGGAAUGGCACCGCCAACGGGACCUUCCGCGUGGUCACCGAGAACGUCCCCUGCGGGACCACGGGUGUCACCUGCUCCAAGGCCAUCAAGCUGUUCCUGGAGAACUACGAGCUGAUCCUGCACGAGGGCACCUACAAGGUGGUGCAGCGGGGCCCGGGCAGAGGCCUGCCCUACAAGGUCCGGUACACAGGCAUCUACCUGACUGUGGAGACUCAGAGCGGCGUGCUGCUGUCCUGGGACCGAAAGACAAGCGUGUUCAUCCGGCUGCGGCAGGACUACAAGGGCCGGGUCUGCGGGCUGUGCGGGAACUUUGACGACAAAGGUGUCAAUGACUUCACCACGCGGAGCCAGUCCGUGGUGGGCAGCGCCCUGGAGUUUGGCAACAGCUGGAAGUUCUCUCCGUCCUGCCCCGACGCCCCGGCCCCCAGGGACCCCUGCACCGCCAACCCCUACCGCAAGUCCUGGUCCCAGAAGCAGUGCAGCAUCAUCAACAGCGCCACGUUCGCCGCCUGCCAUUCUCAGGUCGACCCCACCAAGUACUACGAGGCCUGUGUGGGCGAUGCGUGUGCCUGCGACCUGGGGGGCGACUGUGAGUGUCUCUGCACGGCCGUGGCCGCCUACGCCCAGGCCUGCCGUGACGUGGGCGUGUGCGUGUCCUGGAGGACCCCGGACAUCUGCCCCUUGUUCUGCGACUAUUACAACCGCGAGGGCCAGUGCGAGUGGCACUACCAGCCGUGCGGGGCGCCCUGCAUGAGGACCUGCCGGAACCCCAGUGGGCACUGCCAGAUGGACCUGCCGGGCCUGGAAGGCUGCUACCCCAGGUGCCCACCCAGUGAGCCGUUCUUCAGCGAGGACCAGAUGAAGUGCGUGGCCCAGUGCGGCUGCUACGAUGAGGACGGGAACUACCACGACGUGGGCGCGAGGGUCCCCGCGGCAGAGAACUGCCAGAGCUGUGAAUGCACGGCCGGCGGCCUCCGCUGCACGCACAGCCUCGAAGCCUGCACGUGCGUCUAUGAGGGCCAGACCUACCACUACGAGGACGUCAUCUACAACACCACGGACGGGCUGGGUGCCUGCCUGAUUGCCAUCUGCGGACACGAAGGAAGGAUAAUUCGGACGACCAUGGAAUGUCCCGGGACACCCUCCACAACUCCCUUCACCUUCACCACCACCGCGGCCCCGCUCUCCACGACAGGCCCCACCUCCCCCACCGUGUGUGUGCGCGAGCUCUGCCUCUGGUCUGACUGGUACGACAGCGGCCGCCCGGAGCCUGGCAUGGCAGGUGGAGACUUUGAGACGUUCGUGAACCUGAGGCAGAGAGGUCACCAGGUCUGCCCAGCCCCGGCGAGCAUCGAGUGCCGGGCACAGGGGCUCCCUGACACCCCACUUCAGCAGCUGGGCCAGAAGGUGGAGUGUGACAUGGCCCAGGGGCUGACGUGCCUCAAUGCUGAGCAGAGCCCCCCACUCUGCCACAACUACGAGGUGCGGGUCCUCUGCUGUGACUACGUGCCCUGCAGCACCUCCCCCGGCACCACCAGCCUGCAGACUCCGACCGAGUCCCUGCCCACCCCCCGCACGCAGACCCCACCUGCCGAGCCCACCACAACAGGGACCUGGGCGCCGAGCAGCUCCGCAACCUUGGCGACCACCUCCUGUCAGCCCCGGUGCCAGUGGACGGAGUGGUUCGAUGAGGACUACCCCAAGUCCGAGGAGGCCGGCGGGGACGUCGAGUCCUACGACAGGAUCCGGAGCGCAGGAGGGGCCGUGUGCGAGCAGCCUCAGGACAUCGAGUGCCAGGCCGAGAACUUCCCCGGCAGGAGCCCCGAGUCGCUGGGCCAGCGCGUGCACUGUGACGUCAGCUUCGGCCUGGUGUGCAGGAACCAGGAGCAGGUGGGCCUCUUCAAGAUGUGCUACAACUACAGGAUCCGCGUGUUCUGCUGUAGCCAUGACCACUGCGAGCAGCCCACGUCCCAGCCACUGACACAGACACCACCGCUGAGAACCACGGGAGGCCCCUCCAGUGGACCCACCCCAGUGUCACGGACCACACAGAUCCUUGUGACUCCCACGACAGGCACUGUCUCCACUGGCCCCCCAUCCACCUCACACACUGAGAUGCACACGACAAGAGCAAAGACAUCCCUGGAAACCCUGGUGACGGCCACCACCGAGGCCACCAGCAGCCAGGGCACGACCAGCUGUCAGCCCCAGUGCGAGUGGACAGACUGGUUUGAUGUGGACUUUCCAACCUCAGGGGUCGAGGGUGGGGACAUGGAGACCUUUGAGAACAUCAGGAUUGCUGGGGGCACGCUGUGCCAGGAGCCCCAGCGCAUCCAGUGCCGGGCAGAGAACUACCCCGAGGUCAGCAUCGACCAGAUUGGACAGGUGCUCACCUGCAGCCUGCACAUGGGGCUGAUCUGCAGGAACCAGGACCAGAAGGGGCCCUUCAACAUGUGCUUCAACUACAAUGUCCGAGUGCUCUGCUGCCACCCGUCCCCGCACUGCCCCAGCACGGCUGUCCCCAGCACCGCCUCGACCACACUGUCCAUUCAGACCCAUGCCUCCUCCCCUGAGGCCACCUCCACAGCCUCCUCGCCAGCCCCGCAGACCACCCGCACCCUGGUGACCCCCUCCACGAUGGCCACCACUAUCUUCCCCUCCGUGCCCAUCACCCGGGUCUCCACAGGCAGCCCCCGCAGCAGUGAGUCCCCAACCUGGCACCCCAAGACCUCGCCUGGACAGCCCACCACGCUGCCCGGCACAGCACAGGCCACCUCCAGCACCAGAGCCUCCCCAUCGCCCCCCACAAUUCAGGCCACCAGCUCUCCAUGGAGCACCACCAUACGUCUCUCCGCGGGCACCUCCAGGGCCACAGCACCCACAGGCAAGACCCAGACCUCCCUACUUGUCACUUCCAGCCACACCCAGAGCCCCACGUCCCCAGGGGCCAGGUCCACAGCCUGUGAACCCCGCUGUGCCUGGACGGACUGGAUAGAUGAGAGCUACCCAACGCCAGGGGUGUCUGGUGGGGAAUUUGAGACCUACACCAACAUCCGGGCAGACGGCAAAGCCAUCUGCAAGCACCCACUUGACCUGCAGUGUCGUGCAGUGACCCUGCCUGACAACACCUUGGAGAUGGUGGGCCAGGUGGUGCACUGUGGGCUGCCGGAGGGCCUGGUUUGCCGCAAUCAGGACCAGGACGACUGGCUCAAGAUGUGCCUCAACUACAAAAUCCGAGUGCUCUGUUGUGAGGACUACAGCCACUGUGCCAGCACCCUGGCCACCACCGUGGUGAGCCCGCGGGGCACCAGCCCAGGUCUGACCCCCACGCUGGCCACCAGCACCACUGUCCAACCUCCAAUGACCCCCAGUCCUAUGGCCCCCAGCACUGGCCGCACUGUGGCCACCUCCACCUGCCAGCCCACCUGCCACUGGACCAAAUGGAUGGACAGUGACCAGCCCCUGCCCGGUCGCUACGGGGGUGACAUUGAAACCUACUACCACAUCCAGGAUGCCGGGGGCCAGCUCUGUGAGGAGCCCGAGGCCAUCGAGUGCCAGGCAGUGCUCUACCCAGACACACCCCUAGAGGAGCUGGACCAGGUGGUGUACUGUGACGUGAGCUAUGGGCUCAUCUGCAGAAACAACCGGCAGAGGGGGGGCCGGCCCUGCCUCAACUACCACAUCCGCGUGCUCUGCUGUGAGGAGGACAGCAACUGCGUCAGCUCACCCAGACCCCAGCCUACCACCACCAGCACCAGCAUCAGCACCAGCAUCAGCACCAGCAUCAGCACCAGCACAAGCCAAAGAUCACCAGAGGUUACUGGGCUGAAAUCCACGGCCACCCUCCCUUCCUCCCCCAGGACCACCCAGAGGGUCCCUACCUCCACCACACAGACCUUUCUUUCUUCCUUUGGGACCACUGAGGGGGUCACUGUGUCUACCACCCAGAUAGGCUCCUCUUCCCCCCAGACAUCCCAGAGGGUCACUGCAUCCACCACCCAGACAGGUCCCUCUUCCCCAGGGACCUCCCAGGGGGUCACUGCAUCCACCAUCCAGACAGGCCCCUCUUCUGCAGUGACCUCCCAGGGGGUCACCACAUCCACCACCCAGACAGGCCCCUCUUCCCCUGCGACCUCCCAGAGACUCACUGCGUCCACCACCCAGAUAGGCCCGUCUUCCGCAGUGACCUCCCAGGGGGUCACCACAUCCACCACCCAGACAGGUCCCUCUUCCCCAGGGACCUCCCAGGGGGUCACUGCAUCCACCACCCAGACAGGCCCCUCUUCCCCUGCGACCUCCCACAGACUCACUGUGUCCACCACCCAGAUAGGCCCCUCUUCCCCUGGGACCUCCCAGAGAGUCUCGGAAUCCACCACACAGACCCUUCCUACCCCUGCCAGGACCACAGAGAGGGUCUCCAGCCUCAGUCCGUCUGCCUCCCCGAGGUUGCCCACCACAAUCACCAAGCCCACCUCACCCAGUGCCCCCACCUCGGGCCCUGUGGUGACCUCCAGCAGGUGGAUCUCCUCCAAGUCCCCGCCCAGCACACCCACCUUCGGGACCACGUCGGUCUCCAGGUCCCCACAGCCCAGCCCCAGCACUCACACCUUGGCCACGUCAUCCUCCACGGGCUGCAGCCCACGGUGCACGUGGACAGACUGGUUCGAUGAGGACUACCCCACGCCAGGCCUGGACGGCGGGGACUUCGAGACCUUCUCGGUCUUCCGCUCAGCGGGCCUCAGCUUCUGCCAGCACCCCCAGGACAUCCAGUGCCGAUCAGAGAAGGCGCCGGACACGCGUCUGGAGGACCUGGGGCAGGUGGUCCGGUGCAACGUGAGCUUCGGGCUGGUGUGCCGCAACCGGGAGCAGCCGGGGCCGCUGCGCUACUGCCACAACUACCACGUGCGCCUGCUGUGCUGUGAGGACAAUGGCCACUGCCCCACUGCCACCACCACCUCCACAGCACCCUUGACGUCCCCUAAAGUCUUCAGUACAACCAGCAGCACAGGUCAAAGCUCACCGAGGGUUACCACGCCACAGACCACGGCCACCCUCCCUUCCUCCCCCAGGACCACCCAGAGGGUCCCUACGUCCACUACCCAGACCUUUCCUUCUUCCUUUGGGACCACUGAGGGGAUCACUGUGUCCACGACCCAGACAGGCCCCUCUUCUCCAGGGACAACCAAGAAGGUCACUGUGUCCACCAUCCAGACAGUCCCCUCUUCCCCAGAGACCACCCAGGGGGUCACUGCAUCCACCACCCAGACAGCCGCCUCUUCCACUGGGAUAACCAAGAGGGUCCUUGUGUCCACAACUCAGACAAGCCCCUCUUCCCUAAGGACCUCCCAGGGGGUCACUACGUCCACGACCCAGACAGGCCCCUCUUCUUCAGGGACAACCGAGAAGGUCACUGUGUCCUACCACACAGACAGUCCCCUCUUCCCCAGGGACCACCCAGGAGGUCACUGUGUCCACCACCCAUACAGGCCCCUCUUCCCCACAGAUAACCAAAAGGGUGCUUAUAUCUACCACCGAAACAGGCCCCUCUUCCCCAGGGACCUCCCAGAGGAUCACUGCAUCAACCACCCAGACAGUCCCCUCUCCCCCAGUGACAACCGAGAAGGCCACUGUGUCCACCAUCCAGACAGUCCCCUCUUCCCCAGAGACCACCCAGGGGGUCACUUUGUCCACCACCCAGACAGGCACCUCUUCCACCAGGAUAACCAAGAGGGUCCUUGUGUCCACCACCCAGACAGGCCCCUCUUCUUCAGGGACAACCGAGAAGGUCACUGUGUCCACCACACAGACAGUCCCCUCUUCCCCAGGGACCACCCAGGAGGUCACUGUGUCCACCACCCAGACAGGCCCCUCUUCUCCAGGGAUAACCAAGAAGGUCCUUGUUUCUACCAUUCAGACAGGUCCCUCUUCCCCAGGGACCUCCCAGAAGGUCUCUGCGUCCACCACGCAGACAGGCUCUGCUUCCCCAAGGAGUACCCAGGGGGUCACUGUGUCCACCACCCAGACAGGCCCCUCUUCCCCACAGAUAACCAAAAGGGUGCUUAUAUCUACCACCGAAACAGGCCCCUCUUCCCCAGGGACCUCCCAGAGGAUCGCUGCAUCAACCACCCAGACAGUCCCCUCUCCCCCAGUGACAACCGAGAAGGCCACUGUGUCCACCAUCCAGACAGUCCCCUCUUCCCCAGAGACCACCCAGGGGGUCACUGUGUCCACCACCCAGACAGGCACCUCUUCCACCAGGAUAACCAAGAGGGUCCUUGUGUCCACCACCCAGACAAGCCCCUCUUCUUCAGGGACAACCGAGAAGGUCACUGUGUCCACGACACAGACAGUCCCCUCUUCCCCAGGACCUCCCAGAAGGUCACUGCGUCCACCACCCAGACAGGCCCCUCUUCUCCAGGGACCUCUCAGGGGGUCACCACGUCCACCACCCAGACAGGCCCCUCUUCCCCUGGGACCUCCCAGAGAGUCUCGGAAUCCACCACACAGACCCUUCCUACCCCUGCCAGGACCACAGAGAGGGUCUCCAGCCUCAGUCCGUCUGCCUCCCCGAGGUUGCCCACCACAAUCACCAAGCCCACCUCACCCAGUGCCCCCACCUCGGGCCCUGUGGUGACCUCCAGCAGGUGGAUCUCCUCCAAGUCCCCGCCCAGCACACCCACCUUCGGGACCACGUCGGUCUCCAGGUCCCCACAGCCCAGCCCCAGCACGCACACCUUGGCCACGUCGUCCUCCACGGGCUGCAGCCCACGGUGCACGUGGACAGACUGGUUCGAUGAGGACUACCCCGUGCCAGGCCUGGACGGCGGGGACUUCGAGACCUUCUCGGUCUUCCGCUCAGCGGGCCUCAGCUUCUGCCAGCACCCCCAGGACAUCCAGUGCCGAUCAGAGAAGGCGCCGGACACGCGUCUGGAGGACCUGGGGCAGGUGGUCCGGUGCAACGUGAGCUUCGGGCUGGUGUGCCGCAACCGGGAGCAGCCGGGGCCGCUGCGCUACUGCCACAACUACCACGUGCGCCUGCUGUGCUGUGAGGACAAUGGCCACUGCCCCACUGCCACCACCACCUCCACAGCACCCUCGACGUCCCCUAAAGUCUUCAGUACAACCAGCAGCACAGGUCAAAGCUCACCGGGGGUUACCACGCCACAGACCACGGCCACCCUCCCUUCCUCCCCCAGGACCACCCAGAGGGUCCCUACGUCCACUACCCAGACCUUUCCUUCCUCCUUUGGGACCACUGAGGGGAUCACUGUGUCCACAACCCAGACAAGCCCCUCUUCUCCAGGGACAACCAAGAAGGUCACUGUGUCCACCAUCCAGACAGUCCCCUCUUCACCAGGGAUAACCGAGAAGGUCACUGCAUCCACCACCCAGACAGGCCCUUCUUCCCCAGGAACCACCCAUGAGGUCACUGUGUCUACCAUCCAGACAGGGCCCUCUUCCUCAGGGAUAACCAAAAGGGUCCUUGUGUCUACCAUCGAGACAAGCCCCUCUUCCCCAGGGACCUCUCAGAAGAUCACUGCAUCCACCACCCAGACAGGCCCCUCUUCCCCAGGAACCUCCCAGAGGGUACCUGCAUCCACCACCCAGACAGGCCCCUCUUCCCCACAGAUAACCAAAAGGGUCCUUAUAUCUACCACCCAGACAGGCCCCUCUUCCCCAGGAACCACCCAUGGGGUCACUGAGCCUACCAUUCAGACAGGCCCCUCUUCCCCAGGGACGUCCAAGAGGUUCACUACGUCCACCACCCAGACAGGCCCCUCUUCCCCUGGGACAACUGAGAAGGCCACUGUGUCCACCAUCCAGACAGGCCCCUCUUCCACAGGGACUUCCCAGGGGGUCACUGUGUCCACCACCCAGACAGGCCCCUCUUCCCCAGGGACCUCCCAGGGGGUCACUACAUCCACCAUCCAGACAGGCCCCUCUUCCCCACAGAUAACCAAAAGGGUCCUUAUAUCUACCACCCAGACAGGCCCCUCUUCCCCAGGAACCACCCAUGGGGUCACUGAGCCUACCAUUCAGACAGGCCCCUCUUCCCCAGGGACGUCCAAGAGGUUCACUACAUCCACCACCCAGACAGGCCCCUCUUCCCCUGGGACAACCAAGAAGGCCACUGUGUCCACCAUCCAGACAGGACCCUCUUCCCCAGGGACCUCCCAGGGGGUCACUGUGUCCACCAUCCAGACAGGCCCCUCUUCCUCUGGGACCUCCCAGAGGCUCACUGCAUCCACCACCCAGACAGGCCCCUCUUCCCCUGGGACAACUGAGAAGGCCACUGUGUCCACCAUCCAGACAGGACCCUCUUCCCCAGGGACCUCCCAGGGGGUCACUGUGUCCACCAUCCAGACAGGCCCCUCUUCCCCUGGGACCUCCCAGAGGCUCACUGCAUCCACCACCCAGACAGGCCCCUCUUCCCCAGGGACCUCCCAGGGGGUCACUGUGUCCACCAUCCAGACAGGCCCCUCUUCCCCUGGGACCUCCCAGAGGCUCACUGCAUCCACCAUCCAGACAGGCCCCUCUUCCCCACAGAUAACCAAAAGGGUCCUUAUAUCUACCACCCAGAGAGGCCCCUCUUCCCCAGGAACCACCCAUGGGGUCACUGAGUCUACCAUUCAGACAGGCCCCUCUUCCCCAGGGACCUCCAAGAGGUUCACUACGUCCACCACCCAGACAGGCCCCUCUUCCCCUGGGACAACCGAGAAGGCCACUGUGUCCACCAUCCAGACAGGCCCCUCUUCCACAGGGACCUCCCAGGGGAUCACUGUGUCGACCACACAGACAGGCCCCUCUUCCCCACAGAUAACCAAACGGGUCCUUAUAUCUACCACCCAGACAGUCCCCUCUUCCCCUGGGACCUCCCAGAGGCUCACUGCAUCCACCACCCAGACAGGCCCCUCUUCCCCUGGGACAACUGAGAAGGCCACUGUGUCCACCAUCCAGACAGGUCCCUCUUCCCCUGGUACCUCCCAGAGGCUCACUGCAUCCACCACCCAGACAGGCCCCUCUUCCCCAGUGACCUCCCAGGGGAUCACUGUGUCCACCACACAGACAGGCCCCUCUUCCCCACAGAUAACCAAACGGGUCCUUAUAUCUACCACCCAGAUAGUCCCUUCUUCCCCAGGGACCUCCCAGGGGGUCACUGUGUCCACCAUCCAGACAGGCCCCUCUUCCCCUGGGACCUCCCAGAGGCUCACUGCAUCCACCACCCAGAUAGGCCCCUCUUCCCCAGGGACCUCCCAGAGAGUCUCGGAAUCCACCACACAGACCCUUCCUACCCCUGCCAGGACCACAGAGAGGGUCUCCAGCCUCAGUCCGUCUGCCUCCCCGAGGUUGCCCACCACAAUCACCAAGCCCACCUCACCCAGUGCCCCCACCUCGGGCCCUGUGGUGACCUCCAGCAGGUGGAUCUCCUCCAAGUCCCCGCCCAGCACACCCACCUUCGGGACCACGUCGGUCUCCAGGUCCCCACAGCCCAGCCCCAGCACGCACACCUUGGCCACGUCGUCCUCCACGGGCUGCAGCCCACGGUGCACGUGGACAGACUGGUUCGAUGAGGACUACCCCGUGCCAGGCCUGGACGGCGGGGACUUCGAGACCUUCUCGGUCUUCCGCUCAGCGGGCCUCAGCUUCUGCCAGCACCCCCAGGACAUCCAGUGCCGAUCAGAGAAGGCGCCGGACACGCGUCUGGAGGACCUGGGGCAGGUGGUCCGGUGCAACGUGAGCUUCGGGCUGGUGUGCCGCAACCGGGAGCAGCCGGGGCCGCUGCGCUACUGCCACAACUACCACGUGCGCCUGCUGUGCUGUGAGGACAAUGGCCACUGCCCCACUGCCACCACCUCCACGGCCUCCUCUUCGGCACCACAGACCCCCCGCACGCCAGUGACGCCCACCCCGAGGGCCACCACUGUCUUCUCCUCCGUGCCCAUAUUCCACACCUCCACGGCCUCCACAGGCCACCCCCGCAGCAGUGAGUCCCCAACCUGGCACCCCGGGACCUCACUGGGACGGCCCAGCACGCUGCCCAGCACAGCACAGGCCACCUCCAGCUCAGGAGCCAGCACCAGAGCCUCCCUGUCGCCCCCCACGCCUGAGGCCACCAGCUCUCCGUGGAGCACCGUGCGCCUCUCCGCGGCCUCCUCCCUGUCCCCGGAGACCACCCACAUCUUGCCGCCAGUUACUGUGUCCACAGUAUCCUCCGCCGUGCUCACUACCCCGAGGCCCGCCUCAUCCCCCAGCUCCCACUUCACCACUGGCUGCCUCUGCCAGGCGUUUGGGCAGCUCUUCUCCCCUGGGGACGUCGUCUACAACAAGACGGACAGAGCAGGCUGCCACUUCUACGCCAUCUGCAACCAGCACUGUGACAUUGACCGCUUCCAGGGCACCUGCCCCACCACCUCGCCCCCGGAGUCUUCAUCCUCGGCCUCUACGUCCCCAAUCUCCCCAGCCCCGGUUUGCGACCUCAUUGUCCCUCCCCGACAGGUAAACGAGUCCUGGACCCUGUCAGACUGCACCAGGGCGCGGUGUGAAGGCUACAACCAUGUGAUCCUCCUGGGGCGCAAACCAGUGCCCAGCAUCCACUGUGUGAACGGGCACCAACCGGUCAAAGUGUGGUCAGAGAAUGAUCCCUGUGACUUCUACUUCGAGUGCGAGUGCUCCUGCAGAGGCUGGGGGGACUCUCACUACACCACCUUCGACGGCACCUCCUACUCCUUUCUGGACAACUGCACCCAUGUGCUCAUGAAGGAGAUCCACCCACGGCAUGGAAACCUCAGCAUCUACAUGAACAACUACUACUGCAGGGCCUCCGCAGCCACCGCCCACUGUCCCCGUGCCCUCAGCAUCCACUACAAGUCCACAGAGGUCAUCCUCACCAUCAGCAUCGACGCCAGCGGGCAGGAGCAGAGCCUGAUCCUGUUCGACCAAAUACAAGUGAGCUCCGGCUUCAGCAAGAACGGCAUGAGUGUGUCUGUGACAGGGACCACCACCAUGGGCAUCGACAUUCCUGCCAUUGGCGUGAACAUCACCUUCGACGGGCACCUCUUCCAGAUCCGACUGUCCUACAGCCACUUCAGCCACAACACCGAGGGCCAGUGCGGCACCUGCACCAACAACCAGAAUGAUGACUGCCGCCAGCCAGACGGCACCAUGGCCCCCAGUUGCCAGCACAUGGCCCUCAGCUGGAUGGUCCCCGAGAGCGGCAGGGAGGACUGCUGGGCACCCACCAGCCCACCCCCGACGGCAGGCACCCUGCCCUCAGCACCCACCACGCCCACCUCCACCCCGUGCCCCCCAGCGCCCCUCUGCGAACUGAUACUGAGCCCGGUCUUCGAAGAGUGCCAUGACCUCAUCCCACCCGGCCCAUUCGUCAGCUCCUGUGUCAGCGACAGCUGCCAACCCGACCGGCCCCAGGUGCUGUGCCAGAGCCUAGAGGCCUACGCAGCCCUCUGCCGUGCCCGGGGCGUGUGCAGCAGCUGGAGGAACGCCACCGACGGGCUGUGCAAUUUCACCUGCCCGCCUGACAAGGUGUACCAGCCGUGCGGCCCCGCACAGCCUGCGUCCUGUGACCUCAGGAGCCAGAGCGGAGCAGGCAGGGGGCUAGCAGAGGGCUGCUUCUGCCCUGACGGACACACCCUCUUCAACAAGCACACAAACGUCUGUGUGCGCGAGUGCGCCUGCGUGGGACCAGAUGGAUUUCCCAAAUCCCCUGGGGAGCGGUGGGUCAGCGACUGCCAGGACUGCAUGUGCCACCCGGGCUCCAUGUCGGUGCAGUGCACGCCGCUGCCGUGCAAAGCCCAGGACCCGCCCCCGCAGUGCAGUGGGGCUGGCUUCGUGGCCAUCACCAGGCCUCUGGGCAACAACUCAUGCUGUCUGGAGACGCUGUGCGUCUGCAACACGACCACCUGCACCCAGAGCCCACCCACAUGUGGGCCAGCAGAGGAGCUGGUCCGCACCCAGAAGGAGGAUGCCUGCUGCCCUACCUUCAGCUGCCGACCUCAGCUGUGCUUCUACAAUCACACUUUCUUUGGGGUUGGUGCCACCUUCCCAUCGGUCACUCCCUGCCACACGUGCACCUGCCUGUCCAUGGACACCCGGGGUCCAAUUGUGCAGUGUGAAGAGAACACCUGUAAUACCACCUGCCGCCAGGGCUACGAGCACCGGAAGGUGGCCGGACAGUGCUGUGGGGAGUGCGUGCAGACAGCCUGUCCCACUUCUGAUGGCUGGCUGAUCCAGCCCAAUGAAACCUGGGUCAACCCCCUCCUGGACAACUGCACGGAGUACCGCUGCGAGGUCCAGAAUGGGCUCCACGUGCUCACUCAGAGGCCCACGCCCUGCCCGGUGGUGUCCAGCUGUGAGGGCAUCCUCAGGAAAAUAGGCUGCUGCUACUCCUGUGAGGAAGUGGACAAGUGCCAAGUCCGCGUCAACACGACGGUCCUGACACACCAGGGCUGCACCACCCAUGCCCCAGUCAACGUCACGUUCUGCGGGGGCUCAUGCCCCGGAGUGUCCAAGUACUCCAUGGAGGCCCAGGCUAUGGAGCAUCAGUGCACCUGCUGCCAGGAGACAGUGGUUCACGAGGAGGUGGUGACCAUGCAGUGUCCCGAUGGGACAGCUAUCCAGCACACCUACACCCACGUGGACAAGUGCAGCUGCGCCCCGUCCUGCGGCCCCUCACCCAAGGCUCCCGAGGACAGCACUCCCGUCUUCCCAGUCUAGGGGCCCACCACUGUGCGUUGCCAUUCUGACCCCGUCCCACCAGGCCCCCACCCCACCCAACCACGGAAAGCUCAGCCAGCCCGCUGCAGGAGCCCAGGCACACUGGCCACCUGUGCCCUCGUGGAACCUGUGCCUUGGAGGGUCAACCUGGAAGUUCAUGACACAUUGAGGACCUACCUGAGGAGGGCUCUGGGAGGGGCCCUAGCCCUCGGAACACACCUUGGCCACUUGCCUGGCCAUCAAGCCCUACCCCUCAUCUGAGACAAGUGCUCGCUCUGCAUGGACUCACCCCCCUUCUUAGUGUCAGAGGGAUGCCCCAUAGCACACUGCCCAGGAGCUGCCAUGUUGUCCCCCACUGUCCUCAGAGCCCCGUGGAGCAGAUUCCUGCCAGCCGCCUCCUGCAGCAGGAUGCGGGCCAAGGCCCAUCCAGCGAGUGGCGUCAGGCAGGGUGGCUGCCUGCCCACGUCUGAAACUGGGCCUGGGGCGACGGUGGCCGAGAGGCAGGGCAGGGAGGGGUCGGUGCUCCACAGCAAGCCGUCUGCCCACCCUGUCCCAACCUUGCAAAUAAACGCUGAGCAUUGUGUACA